AUGGCCACCACUGCUAUGGACUAUGAGAACCCCGGCGGUGACCGCUUCGAGGAUGAGGGACCUCGCUACGAGCGAGACAACCGCAGCGCCUCCACCCGAAGCGACAACGGCCAUGAUAGCACUCGUCGUCGUUCCGCUUCGCCUGGUGGCGACCGCGGCCCAGCCAAGGAUGACGGCGGCGGUUCCAGGGACGGUGAGGGUGCCAUCAACUCUGGCUCUAACCUCUUCGUUACCGGCAUUCACCCCAAGCUGAGCGAGGAUGAAGUCACCCGGCUCUUCUCCAAGUACGGCAACGUUGAGAAGUGCCAGAUCAUGCGCGACCCUCACACCAAGGAGUCUCGUGGCUUCGGCUUUGUCAACUUCAUGACUUCUGACGAGGCCGAUGCAGCCAGGGACGGCCUGCAGGGCAAGGAGCUCGAGGGACGCACCCUUUCUAUUGAGAAGGCCCGUCGCUCCCGUCCUCGCACGCCUACUCCUGGCAAGUACUUCGGUCCCCCCAAGCGUGAGGGUGGCGGCCCGCCUCGUGGCCGUUACGGCGGAGACCGAUACGGAGACGACAGGCGCGGAUACGGCGGCGGCGGUGGCGGCGGCCGCGGAGGAUACCGCGACGACCGUGGCUACCGUGGCUACCGCGAUCGUGACGACCGUGGAGGAUACGACCGUGGCUACCGCGAUGACCGUGGCGGAUACGAUCGAGGAUACCGCGACGACCGUGGAGGCUACGACCGAGGCUACCGCGGUGGCGACGAUCGUGGAGGCUACGACCGCCGAGACCGGGACUUUGACGGCGGUAGGAUCGACCGCUACGCCUCUUCAGGCCGUGAUGACCGCUACGGUGGCGGUGGUGGUGGAGGAGGUCCUCGAUUCGACCGCGCUCCUCCCCGCGAUGCGCCCGCGCCCGGCGGAUAUGGCGAGGGUGCCGACCGCCCUGCGCGCUGA